CUUCUGUUGUGUCGUCACUUCCUACAGACGGUUCAUACACUUCCGGAAGAAGCGGAAGACAACAGUGGAAACUCAGCGGCUCGUUUUAUUUACCGAUAAGAAAACAGAAACAGACAUUUUGAUUUGAGUCGUUUGACGACUAAAUAUCUGAACUGUCGACAUGUUUUCCUUCCACGUAUACGACCACCAGAUGCCCCGGGGAUUUCAGAACCGGUUCUCCACUCAGUACCGCUGCUACUCGGUGUCGAUGCUGGCAGGUCCCAACGAUCGGUCCGACGUGGAGAAAGGAGGCAAAAUAAUAAUGCCGCCUUCAGCUCUCGACCAGCUCAGCAGGCUUAAUAUCACCUAUCCAAUGCUGUUCAAGCUGACGAACAAGAACUCAGACAGAAUGACCCACUGUGGUGUUCUGGAGUUUGUGGCCGAUGAGGGAAUCUGCUACCUGCCACACUGGAUGAUGCAGAAUCUCCUGCUGGAGGAAGGUGGUCUGGUCCAAGUGGAAAGUGUUAACCUCAUGGUGGCGACUUACUCAAAGUUCCAGCCGCAGAGCCCAGAUUUCCUGGACAUUACAAACCCCAAGGCAGUACUGGAGAAUGCAUUGAGAAACUUUGCCUGCUUGACGACUGGUGAUGUCAUAGCUAUCAACUACAAUGAAAAGAUAUAUGAACUGCGAGUAAUGGAGACCAAGCCGGAUAAGGCGGUAUCCAUCAUCGAGUGUGAUAUGAAUGUGGAUUUUGAUGCUCCGUUGGGUUACAAAGAGCCUGAACGACGACCUCCGCACCAGGAAGAACCAACAGAGGAAGAAGGAGAUCCCAGCAGUUACGCUGACAUGGACAUGGGAUUCAGAGCCUUCACUGGCUCUGGCAAUCGUUUGGAUGGUAAAACAAAAGGGAUUGAGCCCAGCCCUGCCCCUCUUUGCCCAAGUGACAUCAAAAGAGGCAUUCCCAACUAUGACUUCAAAGUUGGCAGGAUCACCUUCAUCAGAAACUCGAGGCCUGUGCCCAGGAAAUUUGCAGAAGAUGAUGACGCCUUGAACAGAUUCAUCGCCUUCUCUGGGGAAGGACAAUCACUACGCAAGAAGGGCAGAAAGCCUUGAAGGAUUUGAAAUAAAGAGACUGGCUAAUGUG